CUGGGAUUAGUAAAGAUGGCGGACAGAGGAGAUGAAGAGUGGAUGGAACAUGCAUUAAAUUUGGUAAGCAAUCUCGUAUUUUUUGGCGUUCUUUUGUGUACUGUUGGAUAACUAAUAAGUUAGCAUCCAAAAAUAAUAAUAUUCCUGAUAAAAAUAGUAUGGUGAAUUUUGGCUAGUGAUGAGUUUACAUAGAAGCCCUAUCGCGAAGUCGAGCAAACUGUUUCCUUUUCAUAAUCGUCUGUGCUUUUGUUCUUUUUAAUUCUCCCAUACUACACGAUAAAAGUGAAAUACCAUGAUAAUGGGAUCUAUGGCAUUCUUACCGUUUGCUAAAAAAAACAUUUCAGCGUAUGAUACUCUGUGUUGAGGUUAUAAGGUAUUGCGUUACAAAGCUACUUAUAAGGUAAUCACGUUUCGCACGGUGAACCAGCUGUCACGCAACAGUCUACUGCCACAUACAUCUAGCUACUGCUUUGCUUACUGUGUAGCGUCAGGAAAAAAGUGUGAAUUGGUUCACCAUAGCCUUCUGGUAACCUCAAAUUACUAAAAUACAAGAAUGUUUGGAGAGUGUUACACGCGUGAAUUUGUAGCUAUUUGUGUCUUCAUGGAAGGUGCUUCAACCUGCAAGGGAAGACGCGGAAAAAAAGGAGGCAGAAGAAGGAGAGUUAAACAGUAAACACAAAAAAGCGUUUCAGCGAUCAAUGCCUGAAGCGCAAUGCAAAGUGAAAUGAGGGACUGUAUGUGAGAUUUUUCGCGAACUGACGCGUACAGAAACUUCGAUCGAAAUAGACUCAGGCCACUGAAUCUCUUAAGUCUAGUAAGAACCCCUAUCGAUGUCAGUCAACAAUAUUUCCGCUCCGAUGCAGACUGCAAAAAAAAAUUCCUUUUUCUGGUACGGCAAAAUUGAAAAUGAUAACAGCUUGAUAACAACCUUAGGAUUACAAGAGCAACCUCUUUAGCUUUCGAAACUGUACAGUGUGUCACUGUAAAUCAAUAGUGGUUUUGAAAUCUUUGAAUAGAUGACGAGAAGAAGUUGACGUGAAGUGUCAUCAAUCUCGCGCCUUCCGUUCUACUCUCAAAUUGCUUUUUGUUUUAUAAUCUCCUGAAGUAAAAGGAUACCAAAAUAAAAUUUCCAGGACUCGAUAGAUCUUUAUUUUUUUCCAGUAGUUAAAUUUCUGGACAUUGAAAAAGACUUUUUCUCAGUGAUACCUUAAAACCUCUAGACAAGAAUAGAUGGGUGAUUAUUAUUUUUUGCUGACCCGCACAACACGAAUCUCUUGUCAGGUGAAUAGUCAACCUUUGAAAAAUUAUUUUCGAUAAGCGAUUUAACCCUUUACACCCUAAUAUCAUUAUGCAUAUUCUUCAUGCUGUUCUGCAUUCAUUUCCUUCGGUGCUGACCAGGAGAAUUUGGGCUGUAAUCAAGAACUUCUUUGUUGGUGAUCAUUUCCUUUAUUCUCAUGACCUUAAUGUGUGAUUCAAGAGUUAUAUUGUAAGGAGAAAUUAGAUGUUAGUCACUAUUCGGGGUUAAAAGAUUAAUACUAUUCCCGUAUGUUGAAUAAUGUUCCAUUCUUUCAUAGGCAAAAGAGGCCCUGAAAAAAGGCGAAGUGCCUGUGGGGUGUAUUAUGGUCUACAAGAACCAAGUUAUAGGCACAGGAAGGAAUGAGGUCAAUGAGACAAAGAAUGCGACAAGACACGCUGAACUAGUAGCCAUUGAUCGAGUUAAGCGAUGGUCAGAGAACCAAGGUCUUUGUUUUGAGGAUGUUGUGAGAAAUUGCAGCCUCUUUGUUACAGUAGAGCCGUGUAUCAUGUGUGCUUCAGCACUGCGAUACCUGAAUGUCUCUAAAGUUGUCUUUGGCUGCGCAAACGAACGAUUUGGAGGCUGUGGUUCUAUUUUAAACAUUCAUACAGACGAUUAUACAACAGAAACAUCUAAAUGUGUUUCUCAGGACGCAUCUUCAAAUGGUGUUGAAAAUACAAUAGGGUGUGUUAUGGAGAACAAAUCUGUUGUCGCAGCUUCCUCGGACUUGUUGAAGAAUCUCUCUGAGACGGACGAUGAAUUUCCAUGUUGUACCUCGUGUCAGACAUUAAUUGGCACUUCAUUUAAUUCCGCUAAAUCAACCGACUUUGAUUCACAGAAAAGUCUGGAGAUUUCUUCAGAGGCCUCCAUCCGAAAAAUUUCGCCAACUGUCGUAGGAAAUUCAACAGGUUGUUCCAAAGGGCAGCAAUGUUUAUGCGCGCCUGUAAACUGUGAGGAAUGCGGUCGAGCCCUAUCGAAUUCAUGUGGCGAGAAAUGCACCUACUCCAGCGCUGUAGGGAAACCUCUUGAGUGUGUAUCUGGUGUUUUAGCAAGUACCGCCGUUGAUUUGUUAAAAGAAUUCUACAAAGGAGAAAAUCCGAAUGCACCAUUUCCGAAAGUCAAAACAAAACGAUAA